AUGGUAUAUAAUAAAGUUCGUUGGAAAUGGCAUGAAUGUUUGCAAGCUCGCAAUGAAAUUAUUAGUAAUGAUUCGGAAUGUGAAAAUGAAGAUUAUGUCGAUAAUGAUUUUAUUACAACACAUCAACAAGGUUUGAAUUAUGAACAUGAUCAAAUAAAUGAAUCAAUUCAUGAAAUAAAUUCUUCUACUAUUGUUCAUACAAAUGAAGAUAUAUUUAAAAAACAACAAAAAUUAAAAGAAGAAGCAAAAGUUGCUCUUGCACUUGGUGCAAAAAUGGCACGAAUGCAAGUUGAAAUUGAACGACAAGAAUUAACAAAAAAAAGAUUAUCAUUUUAUGAUAUUAUUGGACUUAAUGAAAAUAAUGAUAAAUUAUUGACAAUUGAUAUACUUAAAGAGAUGAAUAUUGGUCAAUUACAAACGAUUAUUAAUGAUUUACAUUAUCGAAUUGAAACAAAUAAUGAUGAAUUAGUUAAUCUUUUAAUCGAACGCGAUUCAUUAAGUAUGGAACAAGAUUCAAUUCUUGUUGAUAUUGAAGAUUUGGCAAAACGAUUAGAAGAACAUGAAAUUAAUAUAUCAAAACAAUCACCAUCAGAUGAAUCGCGAGAAUGUAUUUAUAUAGUAAAAAGUCUUAAACAAGAUGUUUCAAAGAAAUCUAUUUUUCAAUAUCUUUUUCGAAAGGCAAUGUUUAUUUAA